GCGCAUCCAUGGGAUGGUGCUGGGCAUGGGGGGAAACGGAAAGCCUCCCCAGAAGCUGAUACAAGCAGCCUUCCACUGAAGCACUGCUCUGUGGAAAGGCACAGGAGAAGCAUGGAAUGUGGCACAGCACCAAAGAGAGUGAGAGGUGCUGAGUCAAAUGGAGAGAGACGCAUGAAUGCAGUACAAGAAGUCUAUUCUGAAAGAGCUCAUCUAAGAACUGAAUCCAAAGCUCAUGUACGGGCUGGAGGGCUUCUUAGCAGAGCAGGUCUCAGUGAAGGGAGAAGACCAUCCCCUGCAGUGAGCCUCCACUCCCUCUCCAAGACCCUGCCUGAAAGAAAGCGCAAGGACUUGGAAGGAGCAAAACAAGCAACAGAGCAGCUGCCUCCCUACAAAAGAGUGAGGAGUGAGUGCAGCAGGGAGAAGGCUCUGAGGAUGUAUCAGAGUGGGGACAGCGUGCUGCCUCCAGCAGUGCAGCCUGGGCCUGCCGCAGCGCAGAGCUCCAGGCGAAGAGCAAGAAGAAAAAGAAGAACAGGACAAAAAAAGAGGAGAGCGGAAAUGAUGAAGGCUUCUCUGAGAGCUGCUGCUGCGCAUGCAGAGUCUUCCACAGUGAACAGUCUUGUGGAGAUGAUGCAAAAGCUGCAGCUGAAAGACUGACAGGAGGAGCAUCAGAAGGCAGAGGCAGCGCACAGCGUUACAGGGCUGCACUGCGAGUGCCACCCAACUCAGCAUCCAAGUCUUUUUCUGUUGCUGUCAAUCAAUAAACUGUCAUGAUUAUGCACUCAGAAAGAGCACACGGCCUGAUUUGCUGAGCAACAUUCCAUGAGCUGGUGCAUGACCUCCUAUGUGCAACUCCCACAGCUCCAUCAGUGAACACUGGAAUUUAUCAAAGCAAUGGAUGCACCAAUCCCUUGCACUGCCCACAAACGCACUGUCUGCAAAGCACGUGCAAAGAGCUGUGAGCAGCACAGCUCGGCCAUGAGCACGCUAAGUUAGAGAACAGCUCUGUGCAGAUGUCUGAGUUCUCCUGGGGCAGCACUGAGCAUAAGUGAGCAUGUGCCCCUCACCCUUCAGGCAUCUCUGCUGGGGAAAGAGAGGCUCCGCCGGCUGCCUGAUCCCAGGAGGCAAAGGUGUUCUCCCAACUUCCCUGCAAUGGUUGCUUCCUUCACCUUCCCCCGUCUUCAGCUGUUGUUAUACUACUUAUUCUACAGAUGGGGCUUGAGUGUCUGUCAUCAUGGCACAUCUUUGUUUUGGGUUGUAUCACUUUGGUUUUAAAAGCCUAAGCUAAAAACUUCAGAGUGCACACUAAAUGAGGGGUCACAGCCCAUGGAAGUGGAGAACUUUUGGCAUGAAGGUGUUGUUUGGUUUUAUAAUGAGUGUGUAAUAGGCAAAGUUCACCUAAAGGAUGGCAUUUUGUCUAAAAAUGACAGACGUUUUUUCAAGAGUAGCAGAAAUUCCUGGGUUUAGUUCGAUUACAUUUUGGUGUACAGAGCUCAUCAUUGGAGUCUUUUCUGCUGGGCUCUUUUUGAAGGGGGAAUGCUUCUUGGUGAGCCUGUGCAAAG